UUCUGUUCCUCCCCCUAUCAUUUCCUGUCCAGGCUUUAAUAUCAAUAGCACGCAAAGCUGUGUGCAUUUUCUUUCAUUCUUAAACACCUCCCUCGCCUCUUAACUGCAACACAAUGGUUUGGAUGGUAAUCAUUCCUUUGUAUCUAUGUGCAGCAUUCUUUGCCUUGGCGAGGAGUCAACAGAACCCAACUGUGACCAUGUAUCCUGAGUUCAAACAGGUGUUUUCUGGGGAUACAUUAGUGCUGACCUGCUCAGGGUCAGGCCAGCUGAAAUGGCUCUUCAAUAACAACCCCAAUAAAGACCAAACGCGUGAAACCUGGACCAUUAAUGUCAUCUCCAAAAAUGAUUCUGGCUCAUAUCAGUGUGAGAGGAAUGGCGAAAAAAGUGCUCCUAAAGAUGUCACAGUUUUGGAUUAUCUACCUGUUGCCUCUCUCUCCAUAAAGUCUGGUAGGGCAGUGAUUAAUAGGGGGGACUUUGUGGUUUUGGAGCUCCACGUCGACACAGGGCUGCUGGACUGGUGCUGUCGAGUAUACAAGGGGGGGAAGGUGAAGAAGAUUAUGAUUAAUAAAACUCUGAUGACUUCUGAUAAAAAGGAUGUGCAGUUUCAUCCAAAAACCCUGGAGGACCAUGAAUCCCCAGCCAUCUUCUGGUGUCAACAUAAGACAGAAAUGAAAAGGAGCAACCCUAUUACUAUCAAGACCACAGGUCAGAUAGUAGUGUUGGAGACCCCUCCUGAGCCUGCAAUUCUGGGGAAACAGCUGACUAUAUGGUGCCGUGUAUGGGGAGAACCCGACAUAAGUAGGGUUGUUUUCCUUAAAAAUGGCGAGGAAAAACAAAAUAAAAACAACUCUUCUCUCACCAUCGACAAUGUAACAAUUGAGGAUCAGGGAAAUUAUUCAUGCACAGUAACCUAUAAAUUCAAGAAAGUUACCAGCAACAUCCCAAAUACUGUCACCUCUGACCCUCAGGAACUCCUUGUCAAAGCACAACCUCCGGAGGCAGUCUACACAAAAAGUGGAACCAAUUUGAAGUGUUCCUGUCCAAAAUGCUCUAAGCCAGACAACUACCGGUGGUACAUACAGAAGCAAGGGCAAAUGGAAACUGUAGACCAGGAAGUCAUGAAUUUCUCUCCCAGUGAAGGGGGGUCUUACUGGUGUAAAGCAGUAUGGGAUGAUAGAGUCUCAGCACCAAGUGCGCGAUUUAGUGCUGCCUUCCAGGAGGACGGAGGGUAUGAGGAAGUCGGACAGAGGAAAGCAACAGACAACAUCAUGAUGCAAGAGAAAAAGAAAGAGGGUGAAUAUGAGGCCCUGAAACAAUCUGAGAAAGAGGGGGAGUACCAGACUUUAGGGGCCGAGGGGGGGAAAGGAGCAGAGGGUGGUUAUGAGGCUCUGAAGAGAGCCAAAAUGGACGAGAAAGAGGGGGAGUACCAGACUUUAGGGGCCGAGGGGGGGAAAGGUGGAGAAGAGAUCUUAAAGAAAAAUAAUGAUUAAGACAUAAGAAGCUGGAUACGGAGAUGUAGACGAAGGAGGAAGAAUAAACAGACAAGUGAGGAGAAAAGGAAGUAAACCUAAAUAUGUAUAACAGUAUAACAUUUAUUUUUAGUCCCUUUCUAUGACCAAAAAUGUUUAUGCUAAUAGUUUAACCAUAGAGUAUAGAGAAAAAUUGUGGUGUUUUGAUUUUAUUAUUUGCUGUGUGUGUAGUAUAUUAAGUUUGACACAUUACAUAAGUUUGACAUACGAUGCAUGUGUUGUGUAUGCAAAUUCAGUGUUUUAUUUCUUGCUUAGAAAUGUAAAUGAUGCCAUUCUUACUUUUGACAAAUUAAAAUACCAACUUGCCAUCGCA